UUGCGUUCUCUGUCUAUGUCAGGUAGUAUAGAAAUUACAUUUUGACAAACCAAAACGCUUAAUUUGUGGUAAAUGAUUGGGAAAAAUUACGCUAAUUUUUUUAUAUUAUACGGGAAAAGUGUAGAAAAACGUGUAGCGUACAUUAACGCUGUGAUCUAAAUAAAAGUUUCGCGAUAUCUGUAGCAAUUACUGUAUGAGGCGACUGCGGACCUCUACGAAGGCGCAGACGGCUGGGACAGCGACAACCACAACGAAAACUGGAAACGGUGGUGUUGGUGGCAGUAUCAGUAUAUCAACAGCAUCGUUACUAGUAGCACCGCAUGCGGGCAGUAAAAAUACAUAUAACAGCAGUUUUAGUGGAAGUGGUGUUGGUGUCUUGACAACCAGCAGUAGUACGGGUGAUCCAGGAGCCGUCUCAACCAUUGCAACAAUAGCAGGCACUUCAACAGCUGCGGGACGCCAAAAGCACAGCAUGGACGUAAAGUUGAAUGCGGAUGUAUUUAAGAACUUUGAAAAGUCGGGGAAGAGUGAAUUUUUGAAGUUCUUAAAACAACAAGUGAAGGAGAAUGAUAAUCCCAUUUUUGGCAAAAAUGAUGAAUUUAAAUUCGGAAUCUCCAGGGCCAUCUACGAUCUACUAUGGCAAGGACUACGCUGCACGUUGAAAAAAGACUCAGUGCUGAAUACUUUGGCGGAUAUUGUGACAAUGCAUACUGAUUUCCCCUCAGUCAUACUAGACAUUGUGAAUAUACUGGAUGCGGAGACUUCUUUAAUGACCGAUGGCAUACAGGAGGAGCGUCUUAUGUUCACUCAGAUUGUAAAAGAUCUGGACAAAGUGAUUUCGGAUAAGCUGAUAAAGGAGCGUUUAGAAAUAGAUACUUUACAGGAUGUAGGGGUUGUAAAGAAUAAGGUCUUUUACACCAAAUUUAUCAAGAUAAAAACUAAGCUUUAUUACAAGCAGCGCCGCUUCAAUCUCUUUCGCGAGGAGAGCGAAGGUUACGCCAAGCUAAUCACUGAAUUGAAUCAGGAUUUCGAGGAAGGUGUGACGGCGACAAGUAUAAUGGAUAUCAUUAAAUCGCUUAUAGGCUGCUUCAAUUUGGAUCCAAAUCGUGUGCUUGAUAUAAUAAUUGAAUCAUUCGAAACACGUCCAGAGCGACGCCACCUGUUCAUACCACUGCUGCGUGCGUACAUGCCAAAUGGUUCGAUUAUAUGUGAAGUACUCGGCUACAAGUUUCGCUACUUCGCCGAUACAAGAACGCCACGUUCACUCUUUCACGUUUGCUCACUGCUUUUGAAAUAUGGUGUCAUUGAGCUACAAGAUAUUUACCAAUGGCUCACACCCAUCGAUAAAACCAUAAUAAACGAAUGGGAGAACGAUCUAACGGAGGCGAAAGAAUUUGUGCGCAAAUUAAAUAUUAUUGUAACGAAUAAAGAUAAGGAACAUGUUGAACCAGAAAUGGAGAAGCCAUACAAUGAGGAGAAGUACUACGCCAACCAGAAGUUCGGUUUGUGUGAAGGUCUCUUAAAAGUGGGAGAUUGGGAAAACGCGCUUAAUAUUAUCAAAAAAUUACCCGAACAAUCGGUUAUAGUGCAUGAACCAAUCGCUCGCGCGCUCGCUGAGCUCAUACACAUCUCCAUUGAUUAUGUGUACACGGAAAAGUGCUUUAAUGCUAAUACGCGUCGUUCCAAAUUGGCUGAGGAUAAAAAAUUGCUGCAAAAAUUGCAAGUUCGUGAGUUUUCCCAGUUGCGCAACUACACCAUACCAAUGGUGAUUGCACUUGGUCCUGCCUUGCAUUUCGACACGGUGCUCAUGUAUAAACUAAUACGAAUUUUGCGCACAAUAAUGACCGACAUGGGUGUGGAUAGCCUGAACGCACCCACCCCCAAUACUGAAUCGGAAACGCUUUACUUCGAGGUGAUGACUAUUAUGGACGCAGCUAUAUUGCCAGCACUUUCCUACCUAGACUGCAACUGCCCAAUGGCCGAAGAGAUUUGGACUGUACUGAAGUUCUUCCCAUACCAUUUUCGCUACAGUUUGUAUGCACGUUGGAAGAACGACACAUAUCAGGUGCAUCCGGUGCUAAUACGCCGCCGUGGCUUAGCGCAUAAAAAUAUAAAAGCGUUAAUGAAGCGUGUCAGCAAGGAGAAUGUGAAGCCAGUUGGCCGCCUUAUUGGCAAGUUGAGUCAUUGUGCGCCCGGCUUUCUCUUUGAUUAUAUUCUGCUACAAAUUCAAAUCUAUGACAAUUUAAUAGGCCCAGUAGUGGAUUCGUUGAAAUAUCUCACAUCUCUAUCGUUUGACUGUUUGGGCUAUUGCCUCAUUGAGGCACUAGCCAUGGCUGAUAGAGAUCGUUUCAAGCAUGAUGGCACCUCAAUUUCCUUGUGGCUGCAAAGUUUAGCCUCCUUCUGUGGGGCGAUUUUUAAAAAGUACAACAUCGAACUGAGUGGUCUGUUGCAAUAUGUAGCUAAUCAAUUGAAGUCACAAAAGAGCUUGGAUCUGUUAAUCCUAAAGGAGAUUGUGCAAAAAAUGGCCGGCGUGGAAUCGGCUGAAGAAAUGACUAACGAGCAGUUAAAUGCUAUGUGCGGUGGGGAAUUACUACGUGGCGAGGCCGGUUACUUUAGCCAAGUGCGUAAUACGAAGAAAUCGUCGCAGCGUCUGAAAGAUGCGCUAGCCAAUAACGAUUUGGCUGUUGCUAUUUGCUUGCUUAUGGCCCAACAAAAGCACUGCGUGAUCUAUCGCGAGACUGCCCAAAGCCAUCUAAAGCUGGUUGGCAAGCUUUACGAUCAAUGUCAGGAUACUCUGGUACAAUUCGGCACAUUCCUUGGCUCCACCUACUCGGUAGAUGAAUAUGUCGAACGUUUGCCAUCGAUCAUUGCCAUGUUGCAGGAGUAUCACAUCAAUGCAGAUGUGGCCUUCUUCUUGGCGCGUCCAAUGUUCACACAUCAAAUCAAUCAAAAGUACGAUCAGCUGCGCAAGGCCGAUCCUAAUGCCAAAAAAUUGACUACUAAUCAAAAAUUACAAAAAUAUCUGGAAGCCACCAAUUUAAUUAUGAAUCCUAUUGUGGAAUCAGUGCGUCCACUGCACGGACCGAAGGUUUGGGAGGAUAUUAGUCCGCAGUUUUUGGUGACCUUCUGGUCGCUUAGUAUGUAUGACUUGCAAGUACCCGCCGACAGUUAUCAGAAGGAAAUUUCCAAAUUAAAGCAACUUUCGCUGCAAGCAGCCGAAUCAAAGGAUUCGAAUGCCUCUAAGAAUAAGAAGGAACAGGAACGUUACAUUGCGCUGAUGGAUAAGCUGCAGGAUGAGCGUAAGAAACAGCAGGAGCAUGUCGAUAAGAUUUUGCAACGUUUACAACAGCAAAAGGACAAUUGGUUCCUUUCGCGCUCUGCCAAGUCCGCGAAAAAUGAAACCAUUACACAAUUCCUGCAGUUGUGCCUAUUUCCAAGGUGCACCUUUACUGCCCUCGAUGCGCUCUAUUGCGCGAAAUUCGUACACACCAUACACAAUUUAAAGGCUGCCAAUUUUUCCACACUGCUUUGCUAUGAUCGGAUAUUUUGCGACAUCACUUACUCGGUCACAUCCUGCACUGAAAACGAGGCCACACGUUAUGGCCGCUUCCUGUGUGCCAUGCUGGAAACGGUAAUGCGUUGGCAUGCCGACCAGGCUGUCUUCAAUAAGGAAUGCGCAAAUUAUCCUGGCUUUGUUACAAAGUUCCGUGUUAGCAAUCAAUUUUCCGAGGCAAACGAUCACGUCGGCUAUGAAAACUAUCGGCAUGUCUGCCAUAAAUGGCAUUAUAAAAUCACUAAAGCUAUUGUCUUCUGUUUGGACUCUAAAGACUAUAUGCAAAUACGUAACGCACUUAUUAUUCUCAUGCGCAUAUUACCGCACUAUCCGGUACUCGCCAAACUUGCGCAGAUCAUUGAAAGAAAAGUGGAGAAAGUGCGAGAAGAGGAGAAGAAUAAGCGCCCAGAUUUAUUUGUUAUCGCCUCCAGUUACAUUGGGCAACUCAAAACAAGGGCUGCGCAGAUGAUAAAGGAAAGUGAUUUUCAUCAGGUUACCGAGAGGCAGUUGCGCGUAGAAUCCGCUACGGCAGCAGCAACUGCUGCUGCAGGUGCCGCAGCUAUUGCCCCAUUAGCUGGCGCAGGCACGCAGACUAGUGUGAUUCCUGCAGCGACAACUAACAAUGCAACCGGCAGUGCGAAUAUAAUUAAUUUGGGCGAUGCUACUGCCAAACCUGCGCCAGUGGUGCAACAAAUACCAACCGUACAACAUGAAGCUGCGCCCAUUUUGGCAAAGCAAGUGAACAACGGCGAUGUGAGGAGUGCAGAAAAACGCGAGAAGGAAAAGGUGGUGAAACAGAUCAUUAAAAUGGACCGCGAGCCUAUAUCAAGCAUCACAUCAAACAAUCCGAUUAAUGAGCUGGAAACGAGAUCCACUUCAAUUGUGAUCAAUGAUCGCAGCGAACACAGUGAUCGACGUAGCAGCAGUCGUUCGUUGAAGGAUGUCAAGAAGGAGGAACGCACACGUGAGCGGGAGCGCGAACGUGAACGUGAGCGAGAACGUGAAAAGGAACGCGAACAACGCGAAAGGGAACGAGAAAAAGAACGUGAACGUGAGCGUGAGCGGGAACGUGAGCUGCGCGAACUGCGUGAACGAGAGCGAGAGCGUGAACAUCGUAGCCAUAAUGAUGAAUUGGAUUUGUCUGGUGGCAGCGCCGGUGGCGGGAUUGGCAGCAGUGUGAUCAGUGGCAGUAAUACUAUAAUCUCCACACGUUCCAAGCGCGAAAAACGACGGGGCGAAGAACGUUACCGACUGGAGUCGCCAACACUGGAGUCCAUCGAAUUAUUGGAAAACAAGCAUGAACACCAUGAAUAUGAACGCGAACGUGAGAGGGAGCGAGAGCGUGAACGGGAACGUGCACGAGAUUUGAGUUCCGUGUCGAAUGAGAGCAACGGUUCAUCGAUGCAUCGACGCAGUCAGGAUGUUAUUGAAUACGACAAAGAUGCGAAACGCCGCAAAGUGGAAUCUUCGACGACCUCUUCGUCAAACUCAAAGAAACAGGUUAUAGAUGAUUUGGUGGAGAGUACAAAGAAAGAACGCGGCAUCAAGAAUAAGGAGCGCAAGGAAAAGCUAACCGAAGAGGAAAAGGAUGCACGCAAAGAACGCAAAUUGGGACGUAAACGCGAACGACUCGAGGAGAGUUCCAGCUCGGAGCACAAGCGGCGAAGAGACGUGCAAAAUGGCGAUGAUGAUUUGCGCGAGCGCGACAAAUACCAUACAAGGGAAAAAUCGCCACACAUGCGCAGCGAGACGCGCGAACGGUCGCAUGAGAAAUUCGAACGUGACCGCAGCACACGCGAGGAGCGUUUAUAUGGCACCUCGAAGUCCACACGUUCGCGCAUAGGCUACUAAAUGACCGAGGAAGCCUGUGUUCCACAAGUUUUUGUUUUUAAACUUAAAUUGACCGUUUGAAUAACUAAACAAUCAGCUACCAUAGAUCAUUCAACACAACCACUUCAAAUAAAAUACUUAUCCAUACAUUUUAAGUAUAUAAGAAAACCAAAAGAAACAGAGAAAAACAAAAACAAAAAAACAAAAAGAA